AUGGGGCAUGUUUAUACAUUCGUUGUUCGAGUAAUAAAAAUAGUAAUAAAACUUAUUUGCGCAAAAUCAAAAAUAGCACCGUUAAAAGUAAUAUCACUACCUCGCCUUGAGCUAUGCGCUGCCGUAAUACUCGCGCGCUUAGCAAAUAAAGUCUUACCGAAAUUAAAAUUAAAUAUAAAAAAUAAAAACUUUUGGACGGACUCGUCUAUAACAUUAGCUUGGAUCACUUCUCCGUCGUCAAAGUGGAAAACUUUCGUGGCUCACCGAGUAAGUGAAAUGACCAAGUUAAAUGAAUGGAACCACGUGAGAACUCAAGAUAAUCCAGCCGAUUUAAUAUCUCGCAGUUGCGGUGCCGAUCAAAUAAUAAAUAAUGAUUUAUGGUUGGAGGGUCCUCAUUGGCUCGCCGAUAAUUCCGAAAACUGGCCAAAAUCAAAAAUCAACGUUAACGUCGGUAUUAUACCGGAAGCAAAAGAAAAAAUCACUUAA